UAAAUCCUUAUACUUCAACACGUGUACUAGUGCUCCCUCGACCUGAUAUCAUGGCGGUAAUGUUAGGCGCCCGGAAUUCGUUCUCUGCUCUCGUAGUUGACCAACGAAGGAUCGGCGCCAGUAAGGGAAGAAAGCGUUCCCUCCAAUUGGCGCGGAGGAAAAAUUUCUCGUUGGCGCCAAGAACCAAGCGGCUUUUAGUUGCAGCAGCAGAAAUAGGAGAUUCUCGGGAGGGAGAUUUCUGGUCCGGCCAAGCCAGAAAGUCAGAAACCCGGCCCCAUAAACUUCUCGAUCAAAUUAGUUCCGACUGGUUUCCACCUGGAAUGGAUUUGGAUGAGAAUAUCGCAGAAAUAGACAAAGACAAGGGCCACAAUUGGACAUUAUGUGUGCAUUCUUUCAAUGAUUUAACCCAUGUCUCCCCGGUGGUAUUCGUAUACCUGUUGAAAGAGUCUUAUUUCUACGGCACAAUUAAGGCGACAACAAAGUUCCAAGCCCUUCAACAUCAAGUAUAUCUUGUGUUGCAUAAUGAUCCAAAACCUGGACCAGCUGCUUUUGUUGUACGGUGCUUAUACGUGUCACCUCUAUAUAAUGAUUGUAGUAGUGGCUUCAGUCAUUUGAUUAUAUCUGCCCUUGGUCGUUUCUUGAAAAAAGCAACCACUUCAGAGGGCUCCUUGGAAGCAAAAGACUUGGCUACCCAUUUGUUCAUUGACAUUGUUGGGGGCCAGGUCUUUCACGAUGAAAAGAUUAUUGUUAAAAUAUUAGAAACUUUUUAUAUUAAACUAACAGAUAUUGAGAAAGUCAUGUUCCAAAUGAAAGCAAAGCAUGGCUCAAGCCAUGUUACAGCAGAAGACUUAAUGAAGCAGUAUAUCUUUGAAUUGGUAGAAUCCCAACUGUACAUGACAGCUGUCUCUCUGAUGGAGCGCUUGUCAAUCUCUUGUUUUGGGAAGUCUUUUCUCCUUAGUAUGAUACAGACCUAUCAGUUUAAAGCAGCAGAAAAAUGGGCAACAUUUAUGGGGAAGCCAAUGUUACGUGCGCUUGUUGAGGAGUACUGUGAGAGGAACUUGCUAAAGAAUGCCUAUAAUAUUAUAAAGAUGAACAAUCUGCAGCAAGAUUUUCCAGAUGUAUAUCAAAAGCGUAAAGAAAGUUCAAUAAAGAAGCUAGCACAAAAAGGAUGUUGGGAUGUGGCUGAGGCAAGAACAAACGGUGAUAGACAGCUUGUUGAAUAUUUGGUUUAUUUGGCAAUGGAAGCUGGAUACACAGAGAAGAUUGAUGAACUGUGCAAUCGGUACUCCCUUGAAGGGAUAUUGCAGAAAGUACCUGAUAAAAGUAUUCAACACAGGCGUUAUUUGCAUCUUGAUGAGCUGCUUGUCGAAGACAUUAUCUGGGUUGAUGAAUAUAAAGGUUUGCUUGAUGCAACUAGUCACAUUGAGGGUUGUAAAGUUAUAGGCGUUGAUAGUGAAUGGAAACCUAAUCAUGCAAAAGGCAGCAAGCCAAAUAAGGCUUCUAUCUUGCAAAUUGCUUCUGAAAGGAUGGUUUUCAUCUUUGAUCUGAUAAAGUUACACCAAGACGUGCCUGAUAUUUUAGACAACUGUCUGACCCGCAUUUUGCAGUCACCAACAAUGUUAAAACUAGGGUACAAUUUCCAAUGUGAUAUAAAGCAGCUUUCUCAUUCAUAUGAAGAGCUAAAAUGCUUCAAGCACUUUGAAUUGUUGUUGGACAUUCAGAAUGUUUUUAAAAACCAUCAUGGUGGUUUAUCUGGGCUUGCAGAGAAAAUACUGGGAGCUGGUCUAGACAAGACAAGACGGAACAGUGAUUGGGAGCAGCGACCUUUAAGCCAAUAUCAAGAUGAGGGGAUAACUUCUGUGUUAUUUCCUGAUCUGAUAAAGAGUAUUGAGUGUCUCAACAAGCUAAAGCCGGUACUGGAUGUGCAGCUAGAAUACGCUGCCCUUGAUGCUGCUGUACUCAUUCGCAUACUCAGCCAUGUUUCUGGUGAAGGAGAUGACAAGCUUGAUUGGAAGUUGUAUAUCGAGCGCCAUACCAGAGGCACCAAGAAAUCCAAGAAGUUAAAUUGAGGCCAACAAGUGCUGAUUCUCAGCUUCAAGGCUAAGUUGAGACCAAUAGAUUCGAUCAUCUAACAAACACAGACAUCGAAAUGUAAUUUUUGGAAGGUGUAAGAACUGGGAGAUAUAGGAUUUUUUUUUUAAAAAAAGAAAAUAAUGAAUAUACUUGGCAUUUUAAAAAAAAUGUACAAUUAUUAGUUUCUAUAAUUUUAUCGUAUUUUAAUUUUAGUUCUUGUAAUUUGUGUUCAA